AUGCGCGGUCUCAGUUCGCAAGCAGCUCCUUCCCUCGACCCCAGAUUCUUCCCGCACAUCACCGAAAGCAUCUUGUUCUUCGCCGACUACGCCUCCCUGCUCUCAGCAAGAGGAGUGUGCGUAUCUAUGUGCACAUUGGCCGACAAAGCCCUUUCCGGCGACACAAUCAUCCUCAAAACUGGUCUGCGCGGACGACUGCUCUGCGAAGGACCUCUGGGAAACCUGCCGUUCUUCCACCCUAGAAGCAAACGGGCCUUGCAAUUGAAGGCCAUGGCCAGCACGCAGCGCGUUGUCAUAACCAAGACCGUUUCCGUAACAGAAAGACUCAACAGUCUGCUCAAGGCACUUCCAGCAACUUGUCAUGUCCGUAUCGAGCAUGGCGAAGUCCGUGACCAGGGCUUCUGUUUGCCUGAGAUCGCUAGCCUCACCAUCACCAGUCUUCCUGUUUCCUCGAUCCCGUCCGAUAACUGCAAUUGCAGCCGACUUUGGAGCAGAGAUUGGAGACACAAAGCAAAGCAGGUGCUCGUUGAGUGUUUGGCUCAGAAAGGAACUUACUAUUGGGACACUCCGGCAUUCGGACGUUGCCAGCUCAUAGCUAGAGCCUUGAACGCCCAUGUACAACUCCUUGAGCUUCACAGCUAUGAAGCCCACGGAUUUGUCGCUGAUGCUCUCUCUUCUCGCUGGAGGGCUAGCUUCUCCCAUUAUGAUCGUGUUCAUCAUCGUAAUCCAGGCCUCGCAAUUGUGGUCCGGCUGAAGGGACCCCACAAUGGGGGUAACUCUAUUGCGGAUGACUUCGCCCGAAGCUUCGAGAUCGACAGCUCGCAAGUCCGCGUCUACAGUACCCAGGAGCAGCAGUGA